UGGGUACAUGGAAAACUCGAUUUCCUACAGUGCUAUUGAAGAUGUUCAACUGCUUUCCUGGGAGAAUGCCCCUAAAUACUGUUUACAGCUCACAAUCCCAGGGGGUACUGUCUUACUGCAGGCUGCAAACAGUUACCUGAGGGAUCAGUGGUUCCAUUCUUUGCAGUGGAAGAAAAAGAUUUACAAGUACAAGAAGGUGCUCAGUAACCCCAGCCGCUGGGAGGUGGUGUUGAAGGAGAUCAGGACACUGGUGGACAUGGCACUCACGUCUCCACUUCAGGAUGACUCUAUUCACCAAGCACCACUGGAGAUUGUCUCAAAACUGCUCUCAGAGAACAACAACUUAACCACUCAAGACCAUGAGAGCAUUAUUGUGGCAAUUGCACCUUUGCUGGAAAACAACCAUCCUCCUCCUGACCUCUGUGAAUUCUUCUGCAAGCACUGCCGAGAGCGCCCGCGGUCCAUGGUUGUGAUAGAAGUGUUCACACCGGUGGUACAGAGGAUCCUCAAACACAACAUGGAUUUUGGGAAGUGCCCUCGGUUGCGGCUGUUUACUCAGGAGUAUAUUCUGGCUUUGAAUGAGCUGAAUGCUGGAAUGGAGGUGGUGAAGAAGUUUAUUCAUAGCAUGCAUGGUCCAACUGGACAAUGCCCCCAUCCCAGGGUCCUGCCAAAUCUUGUAGCUGUCUGCUUAGCAGCCAUUUAUUCGUGUUAUGAGGAAUUUAUCAACAGUCGAGACAAUUCGCCAAGCCUGAAAGAAAUUCGGAAUGGCUGCCAGCAGCAGUGUGAUCGAAAGCCUAAUCUCCCCCUCCGCCUUCUUCACACAAGUCCUGACCUGGUCUCUCAAGAGGCCACCUUGACUGAAUGCCGUCUCAAACCAGUUAUUGUCACUUCAAAUGAGAUCCACGUGGAAGUGGAGCGCAACAACACAGCUAAUCAGAAGAUGACGGCCAAUGUUGGCAAUGACAGCGAGCCCAACCUGAUUGACUGCUUGAUGGUCAGUCCUACCUGCAGCACCAUGAGCAUUGAGCUGAGUGCCCAGGCAGACAGGAUCCUUGGCUGUUAUGUUGAAAUACUCAAGAUGCUGUCAGACUAUGAUGACUGGAGACCAGCCCUGGCCAGCUUGCUUCAACCUAUCCCAUUUCCCAAGGAGGCUCUUGCACAUGAGAAAUUCACAAAGGAGCUGAAAUACGUGAUUCAGAGAUUUGCAGAAGAUCCAAGGCAAGAAGUCCACUCAUGUUUGCUGAGUGUGCGGGCUGGCAAAGAUGGCUGGUUCCAGCUCUACAGCCCUGGAGGAGUGGCAUGUGAUGAUGAUGGAGAGCUGUUUGCCAGUAUGGUACGUGUCUGCAAUAACGUUCAUAUUUUAAUGGGAUCCUGCUACAAAACAAAGAAGUUCCUUCUUUCACUGGCUGAAAAUAAAUUAGGACCUUGCAUGCUACUGGCUUUGAGGGGUAACCAGACGAUGGUAGAGAUUUUGUGUUUGAUGCUGGAAUACAACAUCAUCGAUAAUAACGACACCCAGCUCCAGAUCAUCUCUACCCUGGAAAGCACAGACGUGGGAAAGAGAAUGUAUGAACAGCUGUGUGACAGGCAGAGGGAGUUAAAAGAGCUGCAAAGAAAAGGUGGUCCCACAAGGUUAACACUGCCAUCCAAGUCCACAGAUGCAGACCUGGCCCGCUUGCUAAGCUCUGGAUCUUUUGGAAAUUUGGAAAACCUCAGCCUGGCCUUCACCAAUGUGACAAGUGCUUGUGCGGAACACCUCAUUAAACUGCCUUCACUCAAGCAGCUGAACCUAUGGUCAACUCAGUUCGGAGAUGCAGGGUUGCGGCUUCUGUCUGAACACCUCACCAUGCUGCAAGUGCUCAACCUGUGCGAGACUCCUGUCACGGAUGCUGGGCUGCUGGCACUUAGUUCCAUGAAGAGCCUGUGUAGUUUAAAUAUGAACAGCACCAAACUUUCAGCAGAUACCUACGAAGAUCUCAAGGCUAAACUACCCAAUCUGAAAGAAGUGGACGUCCGUUACACCGAAGCGUGGUGAACUCUCCCUGCCUCCGACUCUUCUCUUUUGCUUCUCGUGAGAAGGAAAAGAUUUUUAAAACAGAGAAAAACAAACCAGAAAAUAACUUUUGGCUAAUACCUGUAGAGCAGUAAGUCCUGGGACUUGGUGGUAGGAGUCGUGGUUGUGGGGUAGAGGAGUGGCGUUGUGUGUGUCGGGGGCACAGGGCAAGCCUGAACCCAGCUGGCUUCUUUCAGCUUUGUGAUUUUGGAAUCAACAUAAUUUAAAUUGAAAAUGGAAGGAAAAAAAAAAAAAAAAAAAAAAAGGA